CCGGCAGCAAUGUUGAGCCUCAGUUCCAUCAUUGGGGUUACCACCACGGCCACCACGGUGAUCAUCACCGCAAGCUGUGAGUGGAGUGUCCCAAAUCGAUGGAGAUUUAUAAGCGGGAUGUGGUGUCUGCUAUCUAUUUAUUUAUCGUUGGCGUGACGUUUGGAGAAGUGUUCUGGUACUAUAUUAUGUUAUGUGUUGUCUGCCAAUGUUAAAC